AAAUUCAAUUUUUUUAACAUCAAAGUCAUCAAGCAAACAUGUACUGGCAGGCUGAAGAGGCAACCAUAUCUGACUUUGAGAUUUACAGUUUUUGAACGAUUUUCACCGUUUCAUAAACCAUUCUUCUUCUCUUUCUCUUCUGCCGACAUCUUUUAUCUUCUAUCCAACACCAACACCACCCCAUAUUUAUCAUAUUUUUAUUUUAUUUGGAUUCUGUCUCAGGUUUCUGUGUCUCUGAGUUGCUUUUUAUCGGUUUGGCUCUGAAUUUCAUGUGUUCUUCCAUUCACAACUUUCAUAUUCAUUCAACACUUUUGACAUGUCCGGACCGCUUGAUCGGUUCGCACGUCCCUGCUUUGAAGGGUUUUCUGGUCAUGAUGAGAGGAGGGAGAGAAAAUCAGAUUUUGAGAAUUCGGAGGAUGAUCGGCGAACGAGGAUUGGUAGUUUGAAGAAAAAAGCAAUCAAUGCAUCAAGCAAAUUUAGGCAUUCUCUUAGGAAGAAAAGCAGCAGGAGAAAGAGUGCCAGUCGUAGCAAUUCUGUUUCCAUUGAGGAUGUUCGAGAUGUUAAGGAGCUCCAAGCUGUGGAUGCAUUUCGACAAGCACUUAUGUCGGACAACUUGUUGCCUCCGAGACAUGAUGACUAUCAUAUGUUGUUGAGAUUCUUGAAAGCAAGGAAAUUUGAUAUUGAGAAAGCGAAGCACAUGUGGGCCAACAUGAUCCAAUGGAGGAAAGACUAUGGUACUGAUACAAUUAUGGAAGAUUUUGAAUUCAGCGAGUUGGAUGAAGUCCUGCAGUACUAUCCGCAUGGUUAUCAUGGUGUGGAUAAGGAGGGAAAACCUGUUUACAUUGAGAGGCUAGGCAAAGUUGAUCCCAAUAAGCUUAUGCAAGUGACAACAAUGGAAAGGUAUUUGAGAUACCAUGUGCAGGGUUUUGAGAAAACAUUUUCUGUUAAGUUUCCUGCAUCCUCUAUUGCUGCAAAGAGACAUAUAGAUUCAAGUACAACCAUUUUGGAUGUCCAAGGCGUGGGUUUCAAAAACCUAACUAAAUCUGCACGGGAUCUUAUCAUGCGGCUGCAGAAAAUAGAUGGUGACUACUAUCCAGAAACAUUAUGCCGAAUGUUUAUAAUCAAUGCUGGUCCUGGUUUUAAGCUGCUUUGGAACACAGUGAAAACAUUUCUUGAUCCCAAAACAACUUCAAAGAUAAAUGUUCUUGGAAACAAGUUCCAGAAUAAAUUACUUGAAAUCAUUGAUGUGAGUGAGCUGCCCGAAUUUCUUGGUGGUACUUGCACUUGUAUAGAUCAAGGGGGUUGUAUGAGGUCUGAUAAAGGACCAUGGCAAGAUCCAAACAUUUUAAAGAUGGUUCUUAGUGGUGAAGUGCAAUGCUCCAGACAAAUAGUAACGGUUUCUAACAACGAGGGGACUGUGAUGGAAUGUGAUAAGGCAUGCUAUCCAACGAUAAGAAGUAGUGAUACAUCAACAGCUGAAUCGGGAUCUGAAGUCGAAGAUGUCACUUCUCCCAAAGCAAGUGGGAAUUAUACAAACCCUAGGUUGACUCCUGUCCAUGAAGAAGCAAGAUUGAUUGGUAGGGCUGGUAAUUCUGGUGGUUUCUCUGAGUAUGACGAGUAUGUUCCCAUGGUUGAUAAGGCUGUUGACAUCGGUUGGAAGGAGAAACAAGUGACAACUCAAAACUCAUAUGGCUCAACAGAAAUUUUCCUACUAAGGACUGGACGAUCUGAUGGAAACCGUGCAUAUAUCUGGGCUAUUAUCGUGGGCUUUUUUGUUGCCAUCUGUGCAAUUGCUCGUUCAUUAGCAUUUCGUGUGACUAAAGGAAUACAGGAUAGUAAAUCUGAUUCUGCCCAAAAUAUGCCUAACGUGACCGUUGAUUCGGUAACGAAGGAGGAAUCUCGUCCCCCAUCACCUGUUCCCAGAUUGACCAAGUCAGAACUCAUCUCAUCUGCUUUGAAACGCCUUGGUGUGCUUGAAGAGAAGGUUGACAAGCUACAAUCAAAACCUAAUGUAAUGCCCCAUGAGAAAGAGGAGCUGCUGAACGCUGCUGUUUAUCGUGUGGAUGCAUUGGAAGCAGAACUGAUCGCUACAAAGAAGGCUUUAUACGAAGCUUUGAUUAGACAAGAAGAACUUCUGGCAUAUAUUGACACUCAGGAAAGAAGCAAAGUCCAGAAAAAGAAGUUUUGCUGGUGAAGAGAUAACUGUACAGGACGGAGCUUUUCGGCAGAGCAAUGGAUAUUUCUUCUUUCCUGCUUGUAUAUUUUACCUGCUCAGUCGUUUGUCUUCUGAUGUCUUGCCCAUUUUCGUCAUGGAAUUCAUGUAUGAUGGAGAUCUAUGUAAAAUUGCUAUUUAUCUCUCUCUCUCUUCUCUCUCUCUGCGUGUAUAUACGUUUUAAUAUAGAUGAAUUUGCGCUGAAUUAUAAAUAAUUGUAUGACAUAUAUAGAGUUCGAUCAAUGUUUAAGUUUGAUCAACCUUCAUUGUGGAACUUUCUUAUAAUAUUAUCCAAGCCUUAAUAAUCGUAUAAAAAUAGCUGUAUAUUUCUAG